AACAUUGACCAUCCCCACUAGCCGCCCAACCAGGACAGGAAGCCAGUGAGUGGAUUUCUAAACUUCUGGUAAUUGGUUACCGAGUUACACUUUGCGGACAGCCUUUAAAAGCACCACUGGGCCCUGGCCAGACAAAAGUCUCGCAACUCUUGCAGUCUUCUGGAAAGUGCUGUGUCAUUCUUGCAUAACCGUGACGUCCAUAGCCUGUCCAUCCUGAAGCAGUGGUCUGGCGCUUGUGCUUGAAGACAAGUCAUCCACAGAGUCAUAACAUAGCGGAGGUCUCCCCGACAUCUUUUUCUCUCAACUUCAAUACUGCAUCAACUUGAAUGUCUGGGCCAUACGUCUAUACACAACCGAUAUACGAACCUCCUCCAUAUUAUACCCACCCGCACACUCCCCAGCGAUCACCUUUCAUUCCUCCCAUUAGUUUAUUCCCACCUUCUCCCUCAUCACCUUACGCCGAACUUCCUGGAACGCCGCACACUUCUUACUACCCUGAUGGAUACCGUCCCCGUCGUCCUCCAUCUUGGCAUGGAGGGAUGGCUGCGCUCCCUCCCAGUCCCUCCUUUUUAGGGGUUCCAUUGCCAACCCAUAACCGGCGACAUUCAUUCGGCAAUGGCAAUCACUCUCCUUGGCAAUACCAGACGUCGUCGCAGCAAUUCCAGAUUCAUCCGCUUCUUAACGGAGAAGCUUAUGUAUCGGAGUUCUACUUCGACAUUGCUAAUCCAGCUUUCGCGCCAUUGCGCAGAGUUGGUCCAAACCACACGGCUAUGGUGUCCGUUGAAGAGCUAAGGGAACCUGCUACAUUCCCAACCAUUACCCGCAUGCGUAUCACUCAUGAUGCCAUUCCGAAAUGGCCCAUUGACUUGGAGCUCGUUCAUGGCGAGUACGAUACGUCGGGCGCUCUGCCCAUAACAGUUGGCGAUGUUUUGUGGAUGAUCCAUUCUUCCCUGCACCGCCAAAUAUCUCACUCUGACUGGGCCCAGCUCAGUCAGAGUCAAGAAACUGCAAUCGCACGGGCCUACACCCGCAGAUACAGAAGCAUCCCUUCAUCUGCUCAGCUCGAAGCAAGUCAAGGAGUCAAACGGAUUGACUAUUUGAUGGAAAGACAUGUCUUUAGAGGACUUGUCAGAGCUCACGACGAAGAUGGUUUGUUCCAUUGGAAGUUGUUGACAUGAAUGUGGCCGCCCCUUGUAACCCGCUCCCUUUGUACCAAAUCUGUCAUAAACAUUCUUUGUUCUCU